GCUGCGCGAAAAAAGGACGAAUCACGAAACGCAGAUGUAUCGUGGCAUUUCCAACCAAACGGGCCGGUUGCAAUUAAUUCGGGAAACAAAUUUCGACAAUUAUUCAGUGCAUUAACAUUAUUCAGCUACGCAAGCAUAAUGAACAGGCCCUAAAGCGUGCGGACCAAUCGGCGCUCAGCACUCGUUUGAUCUAGAUUGCAGAAGAGCUCUUCAAUUGUUCAGUGCGCCUGUCGCAACGACGAUACGUAAACACUUGACGUUUUGGCGCAAUAGCACGUUCGAAUUUGAAGUAACGUCGUUAUAACCUCAACCCGGGGGUGUUGUUUCGGCGCCCGACGACGGAAUCGCCGAAAUGGAAGCGACUGGCGCGACUGGAUCGACAGUGAGUGUCAACGCGGUCGAGGAUCUGGACGAGUACACGCCGGCGAAGCUGGUCAAAUCAUUGGCGAAAAAUGGCAUUACCGAGGGGGACGUCAAGAAGCUCCAGGAUGCCGGUUACUACACCGUCGAGUCGGUGGCCUACGCGACCAAGAAGGAGCUCGUGGCGAUCAAGGGUAUCAGCGAGAUCAAGGUGGACAAGUUGCAGCAGGAGGCCUCCAAGAUGGUCAUGAUGGGCUUCAAGAGCGCCACGGAGAUACAUCAGACGCGGGCGAAUAUCGUCUACAUCACCACCGGUUCCAAGGAGUUGGACAAGCUGUUGGGCGGUGGGAUAGAGACCGGCUCCAUCACGGAGAUCUUCGGGGAGUUCCGUUCGGGAAAGUCUCAGCUGUGUCACACGCUCGCCGUCAACUGCCAGUUACCCAUCAGCAUGGGUGGCGCGGAGGGAAAGUGUCUCUACAUAGACACGGAGAAUACCUUCAGACCGGAGAGAUUGAUAGCGGUGGCCGAGAAGUACGGCAUCAACGGACAGUCCGUCCUCGACAACGUCGCUUGCGCGAGGGCGUUCAACAGCGAUCACCAAACCAAGUUGUUACUUUUAGCCAGUGCCAUGAUGACGGAGGCGAGAUACGCCCUGCUGAUAGUCGACAGUGCGACCGGUUUGUACAGAACAGAUUACACCGGCAGGGGUGAAUUGGGAGCCAGGCAGAAUCACCUGGGCAGAUUCCUCAGGAUGCUGCUGCGACUGGCGGAUGAGCACGGAAUCGCCGUUGUCAUAACGAAUCAGGUAGUUGCGCAAGUCGACGGUGCCGCUAGUAUGUUCGGGGGCGAUCAGAAAAAACCGAUCGGCGGUCAUAUUUUGGCACAUGCGAGCACAACGAGAUUGUAUUUGCGUAAGGGCAGGGGAGAAACUAGAAUAUGCAAGAUAUACGAUUCACCGUGUUUGCCAGAGAGCGAGGCGACGUUCGCCAUAAAUCCCGAUGGCAUAGGCGACGUAAAGGACUAAAGAGU